UGAGGAGUUUGAGUUCACUGAGAGUGGGAGAGGCAGACAGCUCCACUCAGACCAAAGCCACUCACAGCAGAUACGAAUAACGGAGGCUUUCUGAACCAUAACCGUUUUUCAUCCGCUUUCUCCAUAUAAAAGAGGAAAUUGAUUUUUCUUUGUAGACACCAGUGCCGGCAACAUGAAGUGGUUUCCGUUGCUCUCCUGGAUCCUGUUUCUCUUUGCAGGAGUUUCCUGGGGCUCUGAGGAUGAGACCCGGCUGGUUAAAAAUCUCUUCAGUGGGUAUAAUAAAGUGGUCAGACCUGUCAAUCACUUUAAGGAUGCCGUGGUGGUCACUGUCGGACUGCAACUAAUCCAGCUGAUCAGUGUGGAUGAAGUCAACCAGAUUGUCACAAGCAACGUUCGCCUGAAACAGCAAUGGAAAGAUGUGAACCUGCAGUGGAACCCAGAGGAUUACGGCGGGAUUAAGAAGGUCCGCGUUCCAUCCUCGGAUAUCUGGAGACCCGACCUCGUCCUCUACAACAAUGCCGACGGAGACUUUGCGAUUGUGCACGAGACCAAAGUUCUGCUGGAUCACACAGGAAUGAUCACGUGGAACCCUCCAGCCAUCUUCAAGAGCUACUGUGAGAUCAUUGUGCUCCACUUCCCUUUCGACCUUCAGAACUGCAGCAUGAAACUGGGCACAUGGACCUUCGAUGGCAACCUGGUGGUCAUCAACCCUGACAGCGACCGACCAGACUUGAGUAACUUCAUGGAGAGCGGCGAGUGGGUGAUGAAGGAUUACAGGAACUGGAAGCACUGGGUGUAUUACGCAUGCUGCCCCGACACACCCUACCUGGACAUCACCUACCACUUCCUGAUGCUGAGGCUCCCCCUCUACUUCAUCGUGAAUGUGAUCAUCCCCUGCAUUCUCUUCUCCUUCCUCACCGGCCUGGUCUUCUACCUGCCCACCGACUCCGGUGAGAAGAUGACGCUCAGUAUCUCGGUCCUGUUGUCUCUGACGGUGUUCUUGCUGGUGAUCGUCGAGCUGAUCCCCUCCACCUCCAGUGCCGUCCCACUCAUUGGCAAAUACAUGCUCUUCACCAUGAUCUUCGUCAUCGCCUCCAUCAUCAUCACAGUCGUCGUCAUAAACACACACCACCGCUCCCCCAGCACACACACCAUGCCGGCGUGGGUCCGUAAGGUUUUCAUUGAGACCGUACCCCACCUGAUGUUCUUCUCUUCUAUGAAGAGGCCAUGUGUGGAGAAAAACACCAAUAACAUUUUGGCCAUUGACCUGGACAUCUCAGACAUUUCGGGCAAGCCCAUGCCCACGAGUGUGCCCUACCAGUCACCCAUGGCCAAACACCCGGAGGUGCGGAGUGCCAUAGAGGGUGUCAAAUACAUCGCGGAGACUAUGAAGUCGGACGAGGAGUCUAACAAUGCUUGUGAGGAGUGGAAAUUUGUUGCCAUGGUUUUGGAUUACAUUCUGCUCUGUGUGUUCAUGGCAGUGUGCAUAAUUGGAACCAUAGCUGUGUUUGCUGGGCGACUUAUUGAGCUCAGUAUGUUGUAACAUGGUUAAAAGGAUUCUGACAUCAUUUUGGACAUACUGGAGGGCUAAAUAUACCUGGAAAUGAAGUGCUGUGGCACCCCAGUGCAUAAAUGUUUGCUGCAUAAUAGUCACUUGACCAUACUUUUUUUUUUUAAAUUAACUUGUCAUGCCUCAGUGUGUAUAGUGACUAAACGUAGGGUUAGAAAUGUAUUGAGUGUUGUAAGACUGUUGUAUUUAUCUCUUAACUGUAAUUUAUUACAAAAUUUAUACAGCUUUAUGUGUUUUAGUUGCAGAAUAAUAGUAAAUGAGUUUGUUCCAAAUGGCCUUAGAUCUAUUGCUCUAGAUUUUCUUUUUUUCUUUCUUUUAAAUUAUUUUCAUAAGGUUUGCAGUAGAGAAGUAAUGAUAUCAAUACAACAUUAAAAUCCAGAAGAAAUUAACGUUCAAUACAGCAUAUUAAAAUGUAAUAUUGUAUUGUUCACAUUCCCCUCUUUUAAGGGCCUUGGAUGUCUGCGUGAAAACAUCUGCCAAAACCAGGCACGUAAACAGACUUUAUCUGAAAUUGCUUAUAAAUUCCAGGAUUCGUGGCUUUUGGGAUUUAACACAUAAAAUAUUAAUAUCGUGUUGCACAAGAUAUCCUAAACAAUAAACCUAACAUUGUUAUCAUA